AAGCGUACACCCACAGACCACCGUGUCGGGAUCCUUUCGUGACGUCAUAACAAGUGGCCGGAAAUCGCUCACCGUCCCGUGUUGAUCCGAUGGCUGGACUGCUGAAAAAGACGACUGGCCUGGUUGGCCUGGCAGUGUCCCAAAAUCCACAUGAGCGACUGAGGAUUCUCUACUCAAAAAUCCUGGCAUCAGUGCAGAGCAUGCCACAGGAUGCUGCCUACAGGAAGUAUACUGAACAGUUGGUCAAUGAGAGGUUCAGCCACGUCAAAACGGAGCCUGAUGUUGAGCAAUUAGAGAAGAAGAUAAAUUGUGGACAAAUUGAAGAAGUAAUUUUUCAGGCCGAAUGUGAGCUGGCUCUAUCACGAAAGAUGGCCGACUGGAAACCAUGGGAACCUCUGAUUGAGGAGCCUCCUCCUAACCAGUGGAAAUGGCCCAUCUGAAAAUACUUGUGACUUAUAUUACUGCCAUUAUUAUUAAAAUGAAUCCAUUCAGAUAGAAAGCA